AUGAGGGAAGAGGAGUUUGAGAGGCUCACAGUAUACAUCGUUCCCGAUGUGCCCUGUGAGAGAGGAGUGUCCAAUAGAGCUGAGAGAACACUGCCACGCAGCUUGGCUCUAAGACCUUCUGCAGUAUUAUCUACGCCUAACACACCGACUGAAGGAGUUUGGAGCACGGGUGUAAUACCACGAGGUACAAGGUUCGGACCAUUUGAAGGAACAAGAACGCCAAACAAACCCAAUGACAAAGUAUCGUGGAGGUACUACUGGAGGGUACAAGAAACGGUCAGACAUCACACUUAUGGAAACAUUAAGAUAUUCAAAGAUAGUGAUUACUAUUACCUUGACGGAUCAGACACCAGCGUAGCGAACUGGAUGAGAUAUGUUGCCUCGGCGUACUCGCUGUCAGUAAUGAAUCUCGUCGCGUGCCAACACCAAGAACACAUAUACUUUUACACUAUCAGAGACAUUUUACCAAACGAAGAGCUGAUGGUGUGGUAUUGUAAAGACUUUGCAACUAGGCUUGGUUAUGACAUCGAUCCGGAAAGAGCAACAUAUUCUAUAUGCAAAGAAGAAACAAUCAAAAAAGCAUACGGCCUGCCGCCAGCACCAGUACAUCCUGAAAUAGCUUUUAAUCAUAUGAAAUAUGUUCUUGGACUAUCCAAUGCUAAAGAAAUGAUGGAAACAGAUAUACCUAGCCGGCGAAUUAAGCGUGAAAACAGUGACAAAAAUAACAGUGAAAUCGCACCUAGAAUAGAUGUAUCAUCUAAUGUUAUCCAACCAAAAAUGGAAAACUCGCAUAUCUUAAGCGAGCACCGUCCUAUAUCUCCUAUUGGAUUAAUGCAACCACCAUCACCUAAAUUGCACCACAGAGAUGCUACGUUAAUUAUUCACCAACACAAAGAGAGUACUUCGCAUUUAGUAAUACAUCAGAUGGAAAAUCCAAGGAUACAUAGCAGAUCACCUUCUCAAAUGCAUCACCAUCGAGAUAUGCGCGGGCCUUCGCCGAUGGCUCUACAUCCAGGUAGCAAAUCGCCAAAUCUCUCUCAUUGCGUACCAUCCCAUUAUGAGCACCAACUUACUCCUAAUGACGGGUCUGUAAGGUCAGACGAAGGGUACCAUAGCAAUGGUUACCACGAUGAGUUUACACCACCAGAAGACUCCAGUGAUUCCGACGUAGAAAACUAUGUAUUGGACUGUUCAAAUAAGACAAAUGAACCUAAAGAAACCGUAAUCGUUCAAAAAGUAGAACAAGACAUGCAUCGUAACGAAUUUAGGAAAGUGAAAAUAAAAAUGCCUAGGGCAUAUCAAUAUCAGAAUGUUAAGGAUAUGGAUUGCGAAAGUGAAAAGGAGUUGAUUAUUGCGGAAGAGUUAGCAAAUACUUCGCCACAAAAUUUAUCACCACCUCGGAGAGAUCCAGCCACAUCCACUGUUAUUGUAUUAGAAUCGUCACAAAACACAGUAGUUCCUAUAAACAAACCGUACUACGAAGACGGUGCACUUUCACCCUCACCACAACCGGCAUUCCUGAGGUAUUCACCUCCAGAUACAAGAAUUUUAGAAACUAUUCUUACCGGAAACAGAAUGGACACUAAUAACAAUGAUCCAAACAGAAGACAACCAAAUGCAACUCCACCUCCAUCAUCACCCACGGAAAUGGCAUAUUCAUAUAAGAAAAGUCAAAGAUAUGGCAAUGCUUGUAGUCCCGACUCUAGUUCAAACCUAACACCUUUGCCAUCGCUUUUGCCAUUACCUCAACAACUGCCAACUCCUAACUCAGUUUCUCUUUAUGCUGCAUCACCACCACAUACCAUACCUCACACGACAGAAAUUCGGGAAAUAAGAGAAAUACGCGAAAUAAGAGAGACACGUUAUGAAAGUCACUAUCCGAACUACUCCUACAAUCUGUAUUCUCCGCCGAAUUCAACCAUAAUUACACAGCUUGGUUCUCCUCCGACUACGUAUUCUCCUACAGUAACAUCAUCCCAUCAAUAUGAGAGAAAUCAAAACGGACAAGGCAAUCAUCACUACCCAUCUUCUACUAGCGUUAUUACUUUGAAAAACUGCUCACAAUUAAGCUUAAUACAAAAUGGUAACCCACUGGUACCGCAGCAUGGCAGCCUAAGUCCUGACGGUUCAUGCAAUAUGAUGAUGGGACCAAUGAGCCCCAAUUCCCAAUCAUCGCGUGGCUACAGAAGUCUACCAUAUCCUUUAAAGAAGAAAGAUGGAAAAAUGCAUUACGAAUGCAACGUUUGUUGUAAAACGUUUGGCCAGUUAUCAAACCUGAAAGUACACCUGAGAACACACUCGGGCGAAAGACCAUUCAAAUGUAAUGUCUGCAAUAAAUCCUUCACACAACUCGCACAUUUACAAAAACAUCAUUUAGUACAUACUGGAGAGAAACCGCACCAAUGUGAUAUUUGCAAGAAAAGGUUUUCAUCGACGUCCAAUCUUAAGACACACUUACGAUUGCACUCCGGACAGAAACCAUACGCCUGCGACCUAUGCAUGCAGAAAUUUACACAGUUUGUUCAUUUAAAACUUCACAAACGUCUUCACACAAAUGACAGGCCGUACGUUUGCCAAGGAUGCGACAAGAAGUACAUAAGCGCUUCAGGUCUCAGAACUCAUUGGAAAACCACAAGCUGUAAACCGAACAAUAUUGAAGAAGUUUUGGCUAUUACCAACGCAGCGAACACCGAAUGCAUGGGUAACGUCGACAAAGACUGCCACGAGAGAGAGGGGCACGAAAGUUACGAAGUGCACUCCGCAUCGCAAGGAGGGGCUAUGACCGGUGGGGCUCGCAGUCUAUCCCUCGGAGAAGCCAUGAUGGGAGCGCACACGACCACACCGCAUCUAACAGGACACGGUCACAUAUCGCCAGGACCCGGCCAGUACCGCAGCCUGAUGCCCGCCCAAAGUGAACAUGACCAGCACUACUCGAAUGGGUCAGCUGAAACCAGGCCCACAGUGAUAGAAUCGAGCCAGCCUCUAAUCAUCGAGUGCACUUGA